CUUAAAAUCACACGAUGAACGAGGGUUUAUUAUCUUAAACCCUAGCGGCAAAAACCCACUGGUUGACACAGACAGCGAACAGCUCAACGAUCAACAGAGGCGAAGCGGCUGCACUCGUUGAGCUCUCAAGGCGGCUGUGAGCACGCCUGGAAGAAAAGCGGCUUUGGCCAAUUUAGGCGUAUUUAGUUAGGGUUUGAAAAUUUGGUUGCUGUGCUGUAGUUUAAGCUAAAUUGGAAUCAUGGGUAAGAGAGGGAGGAGCCAGAAGGGCAGUAAGAGUUCGAAGAGAAGACCACGUGAUGAAGAUGUUAAUCCGGAAGACAUGGAUGAUGAAAUCGACACCUUUCACAAGCAAAGGGAUGUUAUUCCUUUAGAUAUAAAUGGUGAUGUUGGGGAUUCUGAUGAAGAUAAUGAACAUCCGGUGUUUGAUGUCGAGGGUGAUGAUGAAGAUGACGUUAAAGAUGAAGAUUGGGAGGAUGAGGAUGAUGAUGAAGAUGCCCGAGACACUGGAAUGGCUGCUAAAAUUGCAAGGCAACAAAAAUUUUUGCGGGCAAAAUUUGGUGGAGUUGAAGAUGAAAUGCAUGAUGAUGAGGAUGAGGGUAAGGAAGAUAAGAAGACUUUAUGGGGUGGGAUGAAGAGCCAGUAUUAUUAUGGUGACAAUCGAGAUUUUGAGUUGCAAUCGAGUGAUGAUGACUCGCCUGCAGAAGAGGAGGCAGAGGUGAUAAGAAUGCUGAAAGAGAGAGCAAAAUCUUUAAAAAUGGAAGACUUUGGCCUUCAAGACGCUACUGAAAGUGAAGAUGAGAGUGAUAGGGAAUUAACCUUGGAGGAAAUCUCGGUUAAAGGAAAAAGAAAAACAGUGUCUGCAGCAAACAAAGAAGCAGUGGAUGAUAUGGGUACAGCUUAUGAGGAGGUCAAAAAAGAUUUGAAUGCUUUGUCAAGGGAGGAGCAAAUGGAUGUAGUAUACAGUUCUGCUCCUGAAUUAGUUGGUUUGCUGUCAGAGUUGAACGAUGCGCUUGCACAACUUGAUAAUAAAGUUAAUCCGCUUUUAAGAAAGGUUAAAGAGCAGGAGAUCAAGUUGGAAGGUGGGGUGCAUUAUCUGGAGGUGAAGCAACUUCUUCUACUGGCCUAUUGCCAGGCCAUAACAUUUUAUCUUCUUCUCAAGUCUGAAGGGCAGCCAGUUCGUGAUCAUCCUGUCAUAGCACGCCUUGUAGGGAUUAAGGGUUUACUAGAUAAGACAAAAAAACUUGAUGCGAAUCUUCCAUCUGAAUUUGAUGAGAUUUUGAAGAAAGAUCAUACCAGGUCUGAAACUGUGGAAAAGUUGGUUAAAGCAAAUGCUGUAAUGGCAUCUGAUUCUGUCAUGAAAGAUCAGCAGAAAUCAUCUUACAUCACAUCUGAGAGAAAACAAGCACCAGUGACUUCUUAUGAAAAUGAAUUGGAAAAGGUGGAAUCUUUGAGGGAUCAUGAGUGUAAAGGAGGGAAACACAAGCGUCAGAAUGAUCAAGUUGGUGUGCAGAGCAUGGAAAUGUUAAAAGUAAGAGCUGCCUUAGAGGAAAAGCUGAAGCAGAAGGGUGUCUUUAGUACUAUUGCUCCAAAGCCUGAUAAAGUCAAGAAACGUUCGAAACCAGUGAAUGGACAACUUGAAACUUAUGAAGACUUUAAUGAUGACGAUAUGGAUGUUGAUGGACAGAGUAAUGGGCAUGUAAGCUCAUUGCACUUGAAUAAACUUUCCCAACUUGUUACUGCACAACCAAAUAAACCAAAGGUUGUUUCAGGUGAUGAUGAUUUACCUAAGAGAGAUGAUAUUGGAGAAAGGCGGAGAAAACAUGAGCUCAAAGUGUUGGCAGGAGCUGGAAUUAGGUCUGAGGAUGAUGGUGGGGAUGAAAUCGGCGUAUAUGGGGCAGAGGAAGAUGGUGAUUCAGAGGGUGAUGAGGGUGUCUCAGAGGAUCAAGGUACAGAAGGCUCUGAAGAUGAAUUUUACAAACAAGUGAAACAUCACCGAGCUCAAAAACUUGCUGCUAAAGCUGAGAUCUAUACCAGGACUCAAGCUACCCCAUCUUUGCCUGAAACUGUGGACGGAAAAAGACAGAUAUCAUAUCAAAUGGAGAAGAACAGAGGCCUGACUCGUCCGCGCAAGAAGCUAUUAAAGAAUCCAAGAAAGAAAUACAGGACUAAGCAUCAGAAGGCAGUAAUGCGUCGUAAAGGGCAAGUUAGGGAUAUCAGGAAGCCUACCGGUCCUUACGGUGGUGAAGCCUCUGGUAUCAAUGCCGGUAUCAGUAGAAGCACAAGAUUCAAAAAUUAAAAUACUUGCUUUGGUUCAACAAUUUUUUCUCAGAAUUAUAGAGCUCAUGUUGAAUCAUGUGUUUGUUAAAUAUUUAAUUAUUGUAAUUGCAAAUUUUGAUAUAACAAUAUAAUUUUGCUAUAGUUGAAACAAUCAAUCAGUUUACUUGGUA